AAGAUGGUAAAACAUCAAACAUCCAGGCGUCCCCUGGGCAACAUCCUUGCAGACAGCCUAUUCUCUCACACCAGAACAGACUUGCAGCUUCUCAAGUCUCUCCUGACAUUAAAAAAAAUCUGCUUUUUUCUAUCUUUUUUUUAAGGAUCCUUCCACACAGCCAUAUAACCCAGAAUAUCAAGGCAGAAAAUCCCACAAUAUCUGCUUUGAACUGGGUUAUCUGAGUCCACACUGCCAUGUAUUCCAGUUCAAAGUAGAUAAUGUGGGAUUUUAUUCAGCUGUGUGGAAGGGCCCUUAUAUGUCUUCUUUGAGCCAGAGUGAUUACAUCAAGCAGUUAGAACUGAAGACUGAGCUCUUUAAUUAUAUGCUAUAUAAAGUAGAAAAAAAACUGGUAAUCUAGAAAGGGCCUAUUUAUCCCAACACUGGUUACACUGAAGUCAAGCAGUUGCCUAUGGAAAGCCUGAGACCCCUUCCACACAGCUGAAUAAAAUCCCACAUUUUCUGCUUUGAACUGGAAUACAUAGCAGUGUGGAUUCAGAUCACCACAUUCAAAGCAGAUAUUGUGGGAUUAUAUGGCAGUGUGGAAGGGCCCUUAGAAAAUAUUGGACAUAAAGCAAUGGACGGCCUUAACAUGAAUGAACUCAACUUUUAAAACUUCCCCAUGUUGGCAAGCAUCACGUCACUUGUGUAUGCAAAUAUGUGUACACAAUAUGAAACUGUCACUGGCUUUCCUUGCCAAUAAAAAGAAACUUUGUGGUUGGUAAAUAAAAUUUAAAACACAUAAUUGAGUGGUGCUUCUUAUUAGGAGUAGAGAAAUGUUACAAAAGUUGUAAUAUCCAUACAACACAAUAAGAAUAUGGCACCAGCAGCAAGAAAAGCUGUAGGAAAAGCUGCUAAACCAUUGCAGGAGGACCCUGCUGCACAUUCUUAUGAUUUUGAAGAAAAUAUAAAAAAACAUCUGAGUGGAUCUGAAGAGGAUAUUGGAGAAGAUGAGCCUCCAGUGAUAGAAAAACAUGGAAAGAAAAGGCCUUCAGUGACUCCUCAUGCUGCAGUUGAAGAGGAUGUUGGGGGAGAAGUACAGAAUAUGCUGGAACGAUUUGGAGCGGACAUUAAUAAAGCUCUUAUAGCUAAAAGGAAAAGAUUAGAAAUGUACACAAAGGCUUCUCUCAAAACAAGCAACCAGAAGAUAGAACAUGUCUGGAAAACACAACAGGACCAGAGGCUGAAAGUCAACCAAGAAUAUUCCCAGCAGUUCAUGCAUGUUUUUCAACAAUGGGAUGCUGAUAUACAGAAGGCAGAAGAACAAGAAGAAAAAUUAACGAACAUGUUUCGGCAACAACAAAAGGUUUUUCAGCAAGCAAGAAUAGUUCAGGGUCAGAGACUGAAGACAAUUAAGCAGCUGUAUGAACAAUUUUUAAAGACUAUCGAAGACAUGGAGAAGAGUCAUGACAGUCUUUUAGCAGGUGCACAAAGUGAACUUCGCAAGGAAAUGGCUAUGUUGCAAAAAAAAAUAAUGAUGGACACCCAACAGCAAGAGAUGGCAACUGUUCGCAAAUCGCUUCAGUCCAUGUUAUUCUGAUGGCUCAGUGGAGAAACAACUUGUACCUAAGUAACAUGAUACAAUGUAUACAUUAGCCAAGAAGAAGAAAAGUCCAUGUUGUAUUCCAUGUUAUAAAUUACAUAGUGUUUGAGAAUAAAUCAACUGGCAUUCUUUAUAUCAAUAGAAGAAAUUACUAAAUGUGUUUGUUUUGUCAACUACUUCUAUCAUUUUGUAAUAUUAACAUAACUGCACCAAUGUUCUUUUACCACUUAAGUUAUAUAGCAAGUUACUGCAGUUAAGACACCAAUUUGAAAGCUGGAGACACGCAGGCUCUGUUGACAAAUUAAGUGUCCAUAAUUAGCAAAUGUUUUGAAGUGAUAUAUUAUAUUAGGAAGUCAUAAAAGCCCAUUAGAAGAACUCAGGAGGUUGGAUCAUACUGAAAUAAUUGUUUGCCUGCAGCAGCAUUUUUAUACCUCUCAAGAUACUACCUGAAAGUAAGGAAAAAUAUUCUCUUGCAUACCCACCAGAGUAAUAUACCUUUAACGAGAGAUGAACAACUAUACACAAGAAUGUUCAUACUGCCUUUAAUUACAGUGUAUAUUUUGCUAAUUUAGGAUUUUCUUAGUUGUAAGGUGCUGUAAUAAUUUGCCAAUUGAUAGUCUUUCCGCGAGCCAUGUGUGAACAGAUGAUAAAUCAGAGUUUACUGUUAAUAUUAAACAAGAAAUGUCAUGAAUAAUUAUUGUGACAAUUCAUGUAACUGAAUUAAAAGCUCCAAACUAAAA